GUCCAGUGGCCACAAGGAGCCGCGGGCACGGGACAAGUACAAGAUGAGCGCCAAGGGUUUGAUCAGCAACUUUGUGCUUUCCAUUGUUGGCUCAACCACACUGGGCCUGGCCUCGCAGAUGAGAAAACUCGGCUGGAUAUUGCCGCCGCUGAGUGUGAUUGCUGGGGCUUUCAUCGUGGCGGAGAACACCAGGCUCGUCACCUCCACCAUCGACAAGCUCCAGAAGCAGCGGGACGUCCAAGUCUUAGCGUAUCCGGACUUUGCGAAAGCGGCAUUUGGCAUCUGGGGCAAGCGCCUCUCAUCCGUGACCAGCAUGCUCGCGCUGCUGGGGAUGAUGUGCACCACCUUGGUGCUCGAGGCCCAGAACUUCAACUUCCUGUUUCCCAUCUCCUGGCCCUGGCUUGGCUGCGACAACUGCGGCCACAAGUGGUGGGCCUUGCUGCUGACACCUAUCACGCUGGUCUACGUUUUCGGGAACCCAGGUGCGCUCAUGAAGCGUGCGGCCUUCCUUGGGCCAAUCGUUUGCAUCCUCACGGCUGCUGGGCGGUUGUUUGCUGGUUAG